AUGCACUUCCAAUCGCGCGUAUCCACAACCACCGUGCACGAACUCCUCUUCGCCGACGACUGCGCCCUGAACACCACCUCGGAAGCGGAGAUGCAACGGAGCAUGAACCUGUUCUCCGCCGCCUGCGAGAACUUCGGUCUGGUCAUUAACACGCAGAAGACGGUGGUGAUGCACCAACCGCCAACCAACUCAGCCACAGCCGCCAACGCGCCGCAAAUCAACGUGAAUGAGACCCAAAUGCAAGUUGUGGAGAACUUCCCGUACCUGGGCAGUACUCUCUCCCGCAACACCGAAAUCGAUGACGAAGUCGCCAACAGGAUCUCGAAAGCCAGUCAACACUUCGGUUGCCUCCAAAGCACAGUUUGGAAUCGUCACAGUCUGCAAGUGAACACGAAGCUGAAGAUGUACAAGGCCGUCAUCCUGCCGACGCUACUGUACGGAGCAGAGACCUGGACGGUGUACACGAGGCAGGCACGCCGACUGAACCACUUCCACCUCAGUUGUCUUCAUCGCAUCCUGAAGCUGAACUGGCAGGAUCGCAUCCCCGACACUGAUGUGCUGGAACGGACGAGAAUCCAGCUGCGCUGGAGCGGCUACCUGGUGCACAUGGACGACGAGCGACUACCCAAACGACUCUUCUACGGAGACGUCGCGACGGGUUCUCGCCGUCAAGGAGGCCAAAUUCGUCGAUACAAGGAUACUCUGAAGUUCUCACUGAAGCGUCUGCAAAUCAACCCGACGAACUGGGAAGAGCUCGCCCGCGAUCGUCGGACAUGGAGUAGAACAGUGAGGACAGGCGCUGCUAUCCACGAAUCCAACCGCAUUGCCGCCGCCUAA